GCUUUGCUUUGAAAGACCGUGCGAUCAUAUUAUCUUUACGAAUUUUAUUUUUAAUAUAUUAAUACCUUCGCGUCGAAACGUCGGUCGUUGUGAUGAACGCGAUUAAGAAACGCCUGCAAACGUUGAAGAUCGAGAAGGAUCUGGCGAUGGACAGGGCCGAUCUAUGCGAUCAACAGGCGAAGGAGGCGAAUCGGCGAGAAGAGAAACUAAAGGACGAAGUUCGGGAACUGGCGAAAAAGCUGGUGCAGAUGGAACGCGACUUGGAACUGAGCAAAGCUCAGUUGGAAAAGUCGAAUAGAGAUCUUGAGCAAAAAGAGAGAGUUUAUAUCGUGACGCAAUCGGAGUUGGCAGUUCUGAACAGAAAGAUGCAGCAGUGCUUGCAGAAUUUGGAAAAAUCGGAGGAACGCCGUUUGACGGCUCAAGCAAAAUUGACACAAGCGAUGGAGACCGCGGAAGACGCGAAACGCAUCUGCAAAGUUUUGGAGAACAGAAGUAAGCAGGACGAGGAAAGGAUGGAUCAACUGAUGGCGCAGUUGAAGGAGGCGAGGUUGAUCGCUGAAGACGCUGAUACAAAAUCGGACGAGAUCUCGAGGAAAUUGGCUUUCGUCGAAGAUGAAUUGGAAGCGGCUGAAGAAAGAGUGAAAUCGAGCGAGGCGAAGAUAAUGGAACGAGAGGACGAAUUGUUCAUCGUUGGUAACAUAUUGAAAUCUUUAGAAGUAUCUGAAGAAAAGGCUAAUCAAAGGGUAGAGGAAUUUAAAACACAGCUGAAGGAGUUGAAAGUGAAACUGAAAGCUGCUGAAAAAAGAGCCAUCAUCGCGGAGAAGAUGGUUAAAGUGUUUUCGAAAGAGUUGGAUGCAAGAGAAGACUUCUUAUUCAGAGAGAAAGAGAAAUACAAAUACAUCUGCGACGACAUGGAUUCCACGUUUGCUGAACUCACCGGAUAUUAGUCAAACUUUUGUAAUAUCGAACUCUGCUAUUUUCUACGCCAGUAUAUCCAUAUUGUAUCUUUUCUAUUAAAAGCUAUGCUCGAACUUAUUUAUUCACGAACGUAUUUAAAUUCAAUCAUAGAGUGUAAAGUAAUCUUCGCUAAUUAAUUAAUCCGUUAACCGAGUUGUUUUUUAAUCAAACACUCUCGUAAUCUCAAAGUUGAUGCUUAAUAAAGAUCAAUUUGAAUUAAGCCAGCUUUAUUUCUUAUACAUAUAAAUAUAGUAUAAUUCAUUUUUCAUAAAAAUGAAACGAUAAAAUAGAAGAUCCGUAAAAAAAGAAAUUCCGAUGUCCAAGAGAUCGACGAUGACUAAGCGACGAAUCAACUCGUCUGCCCCGGUUAACAGGUUAAUAUUUAUUUAUCUAAAAUCUUCAAGGAGUGAAGCAAAGAAUCAACAAAGGUGAUUUUCGUACAGUACUUUACAGGAUAUCAAUUUAUUUUAUCGAUUCUACGAUCGACACAAUGCUUCGAAACGCCAUACCACCGACUCGAAUACAAUUUCAACCGUGGCAUUGAUAGUCACGUCGCGUCGCUUCGUUUGCUUCGCAAUUCUUUGAAACAGGGAGAAAGAUCGCGACUUUUCCGACGGGGUUUUCCGACGUCCCUCCGCACGUAGCCAUGCCACUCAAGAAUAGAAUCUCGAUACGCAGACACACCCUCACAUUCGCGCCUUCAUCUCGUCUUUCUUUACCUUUUCUUUCAGUUCUUUAUUAUUAUUAUUAUUUUUUCUUUACAACGAUGCUAAUAGUAUAGUUACAGUAAUAAUUGUUCGUUUGAUUUGCUCACUCCCCACGCCUUCGUUCAUUCGCAAACGCGGUCAAACCGGUGACGUAAUCUCAAAUACUCAAUCGAAAUAAAGACAGUUCCGUAUGUAGAAUCGCGACCAAGGGGAGUUUGAUGAAUUUUUAUAGAGAUACACGAGAGAUCUAGAUAACUAUAUAGCGAUACAAAGUCCAUCAUUGAUCAAUUUUUAGAUUUUAGACGUUGUAAAGCUGAUGCUUAUCAUUAUCGAUAUUUUUCGCUAAAAGGUUUUCCGCUACGUCAUUUUAGUUUUACAUUUUACGUGUUGAGAAUAUAGUACUUAUACGAUACAAUUGUACGACUAGCUUGGAUUUUUCAGAAGGACGUAAAAUCUUACAUUUGUUAUGUCGAUGUUGAUGAACUUCCAUCGCUAUUGUUUUUCAAAUUUUUGCAUUACUUUUCAUAACGUGUACCCGUGUGUAAUGCGAUUGUGUGUAUUUCGAGGUGUUUUAAGUGACGUCACCGUUUUAACUGAAACGUACAGUUGGAAGCAUCGUUCGUGGUUCAACGAUUAACGCGGAGGAAAUAAUUGGCAGUAGAGUCGUGUGUGCUCGAGGAAUUUCUGGCUCUUCAUCGAACUGAUAUUCUUAAUAAAUAACGAUUGACGAAUAAAAUCAGAGAUGUAUAGAAAAUCUUAUUAAACCUUGCAAUAAAUUGUUCAGAUAUUUCAAUACGAUGAUUCGAAUUACAGUAAUGCGUUUGUUACAUCGUAAUAUAUAGUGGCUCUAAAAGUAAGCCAAAAUCCAUAACUCACCCUCCAGAUCCUAGAUCGAUACUUUCAAGUAUGUAUUUUAAACUGUCAGUCCUUACAAUACCUGUAAUUUCCUUGUCCUUCGGUAGAAUAAAAGGUAAGCGUUCAUUUAAUUUCGAAAAAUUGAUUCCGACAGGUAUGAUUAUUUUGAGAGAUUAUUUUGUCUGGAGCCAGAAAUUCCCAGAAGUGGAAAACAAUCGAAUAGAAAAAGAACCCGGGCAUAUCGACGAAUAUACGGAGUCCUCGUUAAGCGGACGUCAGUCGGUCGGCGAUAUAAGCAAAAAUGUACAAAAAACGUUAUCAUCGUCACGAUAAACGAUACCCGCUUCCCGAAAAUCAUCUAACAAAUUAAUCGAACUCUACGAGUUUGAUUGACGUGCUUCUCGAUAUAUACAUUCAUGUAUGUUGAACCGUAAUGUAUACGCUUACAGGCGCUUUUAAGUACAUAUGUAUAUAUAUAUUUAUAUAAAUUUAUAUAUAUACGUAUACCUAUAUGCCCUCGUCUUCGCAGUGUCGCGCACACUCUUGGAACUCAGGUUGGAAUUUCACGAAGGAAACGAUUGAAAAUUCAUUAUAAAGUUCGUCGAAAAAACCGCUCGUUUUUAAAAUCCUAAAAAUCUCGAAAAACCUGCUACCUGAGAGGGAGAACAGAGAUAUCUUGGCCUACCACGGACAAUAACGGGAAGUAGAGGAGGCACACAGAGGAAGAGAGUGGAGCGAAUUAAACGGCGAUAGAGUAAUCAGAGGAAGGAUUAUUUUGGGUACUCGGCC